AUGGCAAUCUGUAUUUGUAACGCACGUACGCUUGCAUCGGAAGCGGCCAUCGAAGAUCCGAUGAUGCAAGCCAAGAAGAUCAAGAACAUGCGACAGAGGAGGUGUUGGUGGAGUUGGCGCCCUCGGAGUAUGGCAAAGAACAUCGACUCUUUCGAACAACUUACGACCCGAAUCGGACGUCUGCGGAUGGGAAGAUGUGGUCCAAAACCAGCUUUGACUAUCUUCGUCGCUUACGCUCCAAUAUCAAGCUACGAUAAAGAAGAAGUCGAAGCUUUCUAUAUGGACCUGGGGAAGUUCUACCGAGAAGAUCAUGCCUUCUACAAAGUCAUAAUUGGAGAUUUCAAUGCCAUAGUUGGCCCAAGAAGAACGUCGGAGGAACUUCACAUCGGGAUCCACGGCCUACAAUGGAACGACCAGGCAGAGAGGCUCUCCGAGUUCAUCAUGAUGGCUAAGACCAUCCGUGGGAACUCGCAAUUCCAAAAGCCCUCCUCUCUACGCUGGACGUGGGAGUCACCCGGUGGAGGAGAGAGAAAUCCCAGGACUACCAUCAACUGGGAUCUCUUCGCUAUGCUAGCCGGCUUUUGGGAAGAUUCCGCAAUGGACAACAUCGACGAGGAAUAUGACCGGCUCGUUGAACACCUUCACGACUGCGCGAAGAAGGCUGAGAGUUUUAAAACCACUAAGAGACGUCUGUCUCUUGAAACUCUUGAGCUGAUCUGA